AUGGUUGGAGUUGCUCUUAGGUUGAGACCUUUCAUUGCCCACAACGGCAACCUCGUCAACUACUCGUCUCUCCGCUCGGACCUCGAGGAUAAAGGUACGAUCUUUAACACGACGUCGGACACCGAGGUGAUUUUGCAUCUCAUUGCGCAUUCAAAGUUGAGACCUUUCAUUGCGAGGCUGGUUGCUUGUGAGGCUGUUGAUGGGGCUUACUCGCUUGUGGUUUUGACUGAGGAUAAGCUCUAUGCUGUUAGGGAUCCACGCGGGUUUCGCCCGUUGGUGAUGGGUAGGAGAAGGACGAAUGGGGCGAUUGUUUUCGCAUCGGAGACUUGCGCGCUCGACCUGCUUGAUGCGGUGUAUGAACGAGAGGUGAAUCCUGGGGAAGUGAUUGAAGUUGAUGUUAAUGAUUUGUCAAUAACUUCAAUGUGUUUGAUGCCGAAGAGGGAAAGGAAAGCUUGCAUCUUUGAGCAUAUUUACUUUGCAUUGCCGAAUUCGAUUGUAUUUGGUCGAGCUGUUUACUCUUCUAGGCUGUCUUUUGGAGAAUUGCUCGCUGAGGAGUCGCCUGUGAAGGAUGCUGAUGUUGUGAUCCCUGUGCCUGAUUCUGGGUUUUUCGCGGCGCUUGGAUAUGCAAACAAAUCAGGGGUUCCUUUUCAACAGGGGCUAAUUCGAUCGCAUUAUGUUAGUAGGACAUUCAUUCAGCCUUCACAGGAGUUGAGAGAUCUUGCAGUGAAAUUGAAGCUUGCUCCUGUACCUGGAGUUCUUGAAGGAAAAAAGGUUGUGGUUGUUGAUGAUUCAAUUGUGAGAGGGACUACAUCGUCGAAGAUUGUGAGGUUGAUAAAGAAUGCAGGGGCAAAAGAGGUGCAUAUGAGGAUUGCUAGUCCUCCAAUUGUUGGCUCUUGUUAUUAUGGGGUCGAUACGCCAAGGACUGAGGAGCUGAUUUCGAAUAGGAUGGAUGUUGAGGGGAUUAGAAGGAAAAUUGGGUGUGAUUCGCUUUCGUUUUUGUCAUUGGAGAGCCUUAGGAAAUUGCUCGGAGAGGAGGCAUCAACAUUUUGUGAUGCUUGUUUCUCGAGGAAUUAUCCGGUGCCUCCGGUGGAGAAUGAGGCUGACAGGGCGAUGUCGGAGUUGGCGACAGUUACUUAGGGACAAUGAUGAUGAGAGUAUGUCUUAUUUUGCCUUUUUAUACAAUGCUUACUUUUGCUUACAGGAUAUAGGAGAUGAAGAGAUUGGGUCAUGUUUGUGACAUGAGAUUUUGAGUUUAUGUAUGAGUAUAUUUUGCUUUA